GGCCAAAGAAAAAUAGUUUGUAGUCACUUGUCGUACGGUGUAGUAGUACGAAAAAGCUACUUUUAUUUACUAUUAAAAUUAUUUGUGAAAAUAUUUUAUAACUAAAUAUAAAUAUCAAAAUGAAAUAUUCGUUUCUGUAUUUAACACUUGCCACUUUGACGGUGUGCGUCGUAGCGGAAAGUGCAUUCCAAUGUCCCAAACCUGAGGGCGAAUAUCCUGAUGAUGUCCAGUGUGAUAAAUACUAUCAAUGUAAUGAUGGCAUAGCAAAAGAAAAGCUGUGCCCAGAUGGCUUAGUGUUCGAUCCGCUCAAUAGACACAUCAAUAAGUGUGAUCAACCUUUCAAUGUAGAUUGUGGUGACCGAACUGAAUUGCAGGAGCCAAAAUCUUCUAAAUUUUGUCCUCGUAAAAACGGAUUCUUCGCACAUCCUGAUUCUUCUGUAUGUGACAUUUUUUACAAUUGUAUCGACGGAGAUGCAUUAGAAAUGAAAUGCACUGUUGGAUUGCACUUUGAUGAAUUUGGUGGAACUUGUGUUUGGCCAGAUACUGCGAAACGUGAAGGUUGCGAAGCACCACAGAAAAAAUCUCCGACCGGAUUUGUGUGCCCCAAGGAUCGCCCAAAGAAUGAUGAUAAAGGUCAGGUAGUUACUCAUCCGAAGUUCCCCCAUCCUACAGACUGUCAAAAAUUCCAUGUCUGCUUAAAUGGGGAAGAUCCACGCGACCUUGCCUGUCAAUUAGGCGAAGUCUACAAUGAAGAAACGGAGAUGUGUGAUGCUCCUGAAAAUGUUCCCGGUUGUGAAGAUUGGUACAAGGAUUCCGAUGACAAAAAAGAAUAAAAAUAGAUUUCAUUACGUGUGUCGACGUAAAUAUGUAUAUUUUAUGUUCUACUCCAAGACCUGUGGUAAUAUACUCUUGCCAGACACUACGUAUAUGAACACUUUUUAAAUUAUGAAUCGUGUUUUAGAAGUACAAUAUCUGUGGAUAUUAAAUAAAUAAGCCAUAUAUUUUAUAAUUUAUAAGUUCAUAAUUAAAAUACGGAAUUACUAAGAUCGAA